AGUGGUCUUCCCAUGAUAUUGGUUCCAAAACGUUGAUUCUUACUUCAAAAGAUAAAAAGUUAGGAGCAGGGAGUUACAGCAUCGGUAUUUAUGGCUUUAAGGAGAUGACUAAGUAUAAUAUAUCAGUCACAAUUCAGGACGACUUCAAUCAAAAAGUGGGUCAGCAAGCAUCAUCAUCUUCCAUGUCAUCUGCUGGGACGGAUACCGAACAAUGUAGGAAUUGCAAACAUUACAUACCUUCUAGAACUAUCGCGCUGCAUGAAGCAUACUGUAGCAGGCACAAUGUUGUCUGUCAGCAUGCAGGCUGUGGAGUUGUUCUUAGAAUGGAAGAGUCCAAGAACCAUAUUCACUGUGAUAGGUGUGGUCAAGCUUUCCAGCAGGUAGAAUUGGAAAAACACAUGAAAGUUUUUCAUGAGCCACUUCACUGCCCUUGUGGAAUAAUCCUUGAGAAACAGCAAAUGGUUGAGCACCAAGCUUCAGUUUGCCCCUUGCGGUUAAUUUCAUGUCGGUUUUGUGGUGAUAUGGUACAAGCUGGAAGUUCUGCCAUUGAUGCGCGUGAUAGAUUAAGAGGAUUGUCUGAGCAUGAGAGUGUUUGUGGGUCGAGGACAGCCCCUUGUGACUCGUGUGGGCGUGCAGUGAUGCUGAAGGACAUGGACAUACACCAGAUUGCUGUUCAUCAAAAAGGCUAAUUCAUUCUUGUGUUGUUCAGAGUCCUGAUACUGUAUUUGAACAUGGGAGGGAUAUCAUUUGAGUGGCAAAAUAGAAAUGGAAAGAAACAGUAACUCAGAUUGUGACCCACAAACUUUCUAUUUUGCCUUUGGGUUGCCAUAAUUUUUGGUCUCUGGAUAUAUAAAAUUGUUUGCACUCAAUAUGUACGAAAUGAUGAUUUCAGCUAUAUCUAUGGUUAUGGAGAAUGUGUUCCAAAUUCUUGUACAAGACACUUUUACAGAACCUCAUGCGUAGUGCAAUUAUUUUUCAUGUGCAAAUUCUUAAUAGAAUGCAUCAUAUAUAUUGUCAACUUA